UUUAGGUGCAAAAUCUGUCAAGACUGACAAGCUGGAGUGAGGUGACAUCACCGACCAAAUGGCUGCAUGCUAUAUCAGCUCUGAACACCCCUGAUAGAAAUCUAUCCCCUGCCUUUUAGCUUUAACCCCAAUAAAUUAUAGAAUUGUGUCAGAAUAACCAGCAAGUCUAGAAUCGCGGCAAAACUUGUCAGGACAAAAUGGAUAAGGCCAGUCGAAGCUGCUCACCACACAAGGAGGCUAACAUGGCGAGCUUAGCUAGUAAACAAGUUAACGCUAGCCCAACAGUGCAGCCAGGUGAAGAGUUUGCAGAUGCAGUUUUGAGAGAAAUUUGACACUUAAGGAAUGAGGUGAAAGAAGGCUUUGAGAGGACACAAUCUACAAUAUCCUCUUAAGAGCAGACAGUUCGGUGUCUGGGAGACAGAAUGACAGAGGCAGAGAACCAUGUUGGCGCGUUGGAGGACAGGGGCGACCACACAGACCGGCCUUUCUGAUAUCUCGUGCAGAGAGACUGUCAGAUGGAAGAAAAGUGUGAGAACCUGGAAAAUUUCAUGAUGUAGGAGGAACAGCCUGCUGAACUCCCCCGUAACAUAAAUUGUAAGUAAACGGACAGAGGUAAGAUGGGUCACUCUGAGAGUCAAAUGUUUAUGGCUUUGCCAAAAGAGUCAAAUGUUUGUCUUACCUCGAAGUUGAUGAACUCUUUUACCGUCAUCCUGGCGUCAAGAGUGGUAAAGGUGUCAAUCGGAAACCAUCCAGAUCUCAGUUUGCUGAUUACAUCCUGGGAAAAUCCAGCGUUUUGACAACUCAGCCAGAUUAACAACCAGACCAGGGUCAUUAACUAUGCUUUUAAGUUCACUGAUCUGAUGAGAUCCAAGCAGCAGGGAGAGACUCCAACUCACCCACCACCAAAGAACCAGUCAGACAACAGCAGAGGGGCCGCGGUGCAGAUGAAGGGAAUAUAACUUCAAGAUUACUCUAGUUGAUGACAACUACGCUUGUUACUGUGAGUAAGUGCGAUAAAACCCCUGCCAGCCAAGCCAAUACUUUAUCAAUACAUGUGAUCAGCAUAUAGAAAGCGAUAUUUCAAUCUGCUCAGUCCACAGUCUCUCAUUCACCGCUAUUUGAUUUACAAUCGCGGUCGACACAAACACAUCGCGCUCGCGGUGCUAACAGCAAAGUGUUAAAGACAAACUAAAAUGAAAGCUGUCUGUAUGUAGGCUAACACUUUAUCUUAAAAUGUACCUGAGGCAGCCGACCUGCAGACAGUGAGUGUCCUCAGUAGAGGAGGGACAAAGAGCAGGAAUGACUGAUACUGAUGUUUGUCUUCAUGCUGAGAUAAUUUGAAUUUCUUCACUGUGAUGUCAGGGGGAAUAUUUAUAUUCCAGUGAGAUAUUAUUGGGUUUUAAAUAGUGACUUUGUCGUCGUAAACAUGACUGUUGCUGCCAGAUACUGUUAAUGUCACUUAUUAUGCUUCUGUGCAUAGAUAGCUCUUUCUUAGUCUGUUUCUGCAUUAUGUUGAGGAGGGCCAUGCCUGUAUAUAUGUAUAAAUAUAUAUAUGUCUGUAUGCAAAAAAAAAAGUGGAUUGGUUGCUCGCUGCUAAAAAUGUGGCCCAUCGACAUUAUCUGGUUUUGAAAUGUGGCCCAGUUGAAAUAGUAAGUAAAUAGCCCUGCUGUAGUUUGUUUGUUUAUUAGCUAUCUAACAACACAUCAAAAAUAAUUGUAAGCCAGUCUUGUUCAGUGAAUCGGUUUAUCAUGUACACUCAUAAAAUAUUCAGGCCUAAUAUUUAAGAUUGUUUGCUUAUAAAUUAAUAAACCUGGUUGUUCUAUAUUUAAAACACAUUGGGUUUAUUAGUACUAUUAAAUAAAUCACAUUAUUACUUAUUAUACUCAUUAUUAUUACUUGAGCUUGUUUUAUUUAUUCAUUUCACAGAUAGUCAGAGGUGGGAAGUCACGAAGUACAAAUACUUCGUUACUGUACUUAAGUAGAUUUUUCAGGUAUCUGUACUUUACUUGAGUAUUUAUUUUUCUGACGACUUUUUACUUUUACUCCCCACAUUUGUAUACAAAUACCUGUACUUUCUACUCCUUACAUUGUAAAAACAGCCUCGUUACUUUUAAAACCUCCACGGAUGACGACACGACGUAAAAGACGUGUCUACGGAAAGUCAACAAAAGAAGAAGAAGAAGACGCAAAGUCAACAAACGAAGAAGAAGAGGGACAGUUAACCACGGGAAGGAAUCGAGUGAGUGAGCGGACAGUUAGAGAAAGAACCGAUAAUUUGCAGCAGCGACAUGGAGGCAAGGAAUAUUGCUUGCAUGGAGGAAGGAAGUGAACCGGGGAGUACUGCCGACGCCGGCGACGACGCUUCGUAAGAUUCGGAGAAGCAGGACAUUCCCCAUCCAUGGCCUUAUUUAAGAGAACUAAUCGAUGUUGUCGGCUGCAAGAAUGAUUCAUGGCGAAUGCGUUGCGUCUUGUGCCAACCUAAAAACCACGAGCUUCUAGCGUUCAAGAAUUCUCUGUCUAAUCUGAAAAAACACAUACAGGUAAGGUGUAUUUUCUGUUAUCAUUAGCUUUUUAAGGAUUUUUUAAGGUCAGUCUACACUGAUAGCAAUGCUGUGGGAACACAUGUUUUGAUAGUUUAUAGCUAACGCUAGCUAGCUCUCGGUUUAAAAAACAACAACCCAAUAACCCUCAAUUUAUUACUGUUGUGCGGCUGUGCUAACAGCUGCUGUUGUGAGACGUUACUUGUCAGUACUAUCUGCCAGAAAGCCCCUCUUGGGUAGGUUUAGGGGUUGAAUGGUAGUUUGGGUUAAAAUAAAAACAUUUUCUGGCAGAAAAAAAGGCAUUUAUGCUGAAAGCCCUGAAGGCUAACGUCCCCUGUGUGCCAGUAGUAGUCAUUUAUGUCAACUCCCCAUAAAGACAACGUGAAACAUUGAUAUAACAACUGUAAUUCUGUCAGGUGAACACUUGUCUCUUUUCUUUUUUAUGUCUGUGUCUCAUAUGUGUGUACUGCCACUCAUAUGUGUGUACCUGCAACCGGAUGUGGUUGUAAUGUCCCGAGGCACCAUGAAAAACAAAGUUGAGAAAGCAACACUGGAAAUGAAGAACAAUCUGAAGGCUGCUAUGCGUGAGAUUGAGUUCAUUGCUACCACUACUGAUUGCUGGACAGCACACAGACAGAGUUUCCUCAGAGUCACAGCACACUAGAUAGAGCCUGAAACAAUGAACAGAUGCUCUGCUGCAUUAGCAUGUAAACAGCUCAAAGGGUCACACACAUUUUCUGCACUUGCUGGUGCCCUGAAUGGUAUUCACACAGAGUACAACAUCUGUGACAAGAUUGUGCGUACAACCACUGAUAAUGGCUCCAAUUUUAUCAAAGCUUUUCGAGUCUACGGAGAGCUGGAUGAAAAUCAUAACCAGAUUCCACUUGAGGAGGCAAGGCCGUGGGAAUCAGCAGAAAGAGAGAACAGUAAAGGAGAGGAAGAGGAGGAAAACAUUGACCGUCUUGAGUUUGUUGAAGCAGGAACCUUGUAGGAAGAAGAUGAUGGCCUGGAAUACCAACUGCCAAAGCAUCAUCGAUGUGCCUGCCACCUUCUGAACCUGGUGUCAACAGUUGAUGUUUCAGAGGCAAAUUCCAACACCGUCUACAAGCGACUCUCUCGUUCAGCAUUUUCAAAGUGCUGGAGUCUAUGGAACAAAAGUGGAAGAUCCACUACAGCUGCUGAGAUAAUUGAAGAAAAAUGCAAACUCCAGCUCUUGAAGUCAAAUGAGACGAGGUGGAAUUCUCUAUUCCUGGCCGUGGAGAGGAUUGUGAGGAUCAUGAGAGAACAAGGAGAAGGAGCCAUUACAGCUGUGUGCAGUGUGCUAAAAAUUCCCAUGUUCACUCCUGCUGAAAUUGUUUUUCUCGCAGAAUAUGCCAAGACAAUGAGCCCAUUUGCAAAGGCGGUUGAUGUUCUUCAGGGAGAGGCCAGUGUGCAGAUGGGAUGGCUGGUACCCACAAUAACACUUCUCAAGACUAAGCUACAGAACCUUCGACGUUCCUCCAAGUUGUGUGUGCCUUUAGUGGAUGCUCUUCAAGCAGGACUUGAAAGGCGAUUCGGGCAGAUGUUUGCUGAUCCAGAGCUGAUUGCUGCUACCAUUCUUGUCCCCAAGUUCAGGACAUGCUGGACAAGUGACGACUACAUCCUAAAACUUGGCCUCGACUUCAUCAAAAGCCAUCUGAAGGAGCAACCUAUGGUGCAUCCAAGGGACACUUCCCAUUCUUCAGAGGAUGAUGACUUCUUUUCCCCCAUCAAGCAGGGAAAUGUUCAAGAAAACUCCAAGCAGCUUGAUUCCUACCUGGCGUGCCCAGAUGAUACCAUGGAUGUCCUGAAAUCUUUCCCAGCUGUCUGCAACUUGUCACUGAAGCUCAACACACCCCUACCUGCCUCAGCAGCCUGCGAGAGGCUUUUUAGCAUUGCAGGACUGAUUUUCAGAACCAAAAGGGCACGCCUUGGUUCAAAGAACUUUGAGAACCAGCUUCUGCUGAGGCUGAAUAAAAGAUUUUGGUAGUCCUGUAGAGAUGAGUGAAUUUCUCACAAAAGAAAAAAAGACUUAAUUAGACUUGAAGUUUCCAUGUUGAUCAUAAUGUUUCAAGUUCUGUUGCUGAAAUGGAAAUCUCAGUUUGCACAUUGCCAUAAAGUAAGGCAUCAAACUGCUAGUUUUUCUAUAUAAAGUGUUUAAAAGAUACACAUUCUGUUAAAAGUAAUUCACGGUUCGGUAUGUACCUCUUACACUUGUGUUUAUAUACAGCUGGCAUCAUUUCACAGUACGAUAACAGUGUAACAAGUCCUAUGGGUUCAUAUUCAUGCCAUGGUUACAUCUGCCCACCUCUUUGCUUUCUGUCUUUUAAUAUUCAAUCUGCAAAACAAAGGUGGAAGGGCAUGAAAGGUGCUGAGUAAGUUGGUCAAGGUCUGACAGAGAUUACUGUGUUGGUAUUUUCUAGUGCCCAUAUGAGAAAUGUGUAAUCCUCUGCACUGGACAUCUGUUGUAGAGAUAUCUGACAGAAGCAGUUGAUUUGUUUUAUUGUAAACAACACAGCAGAACAGGAGAACCCUAGUCAUCUGUAACAUGUUCAACUUAAGUUGACUGACUGUUGAUAUUAAAGUCAAAAUCCAGUUUGGAUGCAUUCAUUGCCUUGUGUGUGUAAUGCUUAAUCCCGUUACAUAUGUUUGUUUUGGGGUCACGGUUCAGUAUAUUUUCAGUACAGAGAAUUAAGAAAAAAGUAGAAAAUAACAUUGGUCUUUUGUUAUUAAAAGUGUAAACAUCCAAUAUGGGUCACUGGUCAUAACUACUACUGAUUACAGUUUGGUUGUGCUGCAGUGGAAAAAGAAAAUGCAGGGCCUCUGGUCAGUUUAAUCUUGAUUAUUCUGUCUGAACUUUUCUCGUUUUCCAAAAUUAUCAAAGGAUGUAUUGUGUUUCACUAACGGCAAAAAUUGAUUUUUACUUUUUUACUUAAGUACAUUUCAGAGCCUGUACUUAAUUACUUUUACUUGAGUAAAAGAGUUGAAUCAGUACUUCUACUUUUACCAGAGUAUUUUUUUUACACAAGUAUCUGUACUUCUACUUAAGUACAGAAUGUGAAUACUUUUGCCACCUCUGCAGAUAGUUAUACUGUAAAUCCUUAGUCCUUAAAUUAAAUUCAUUAUGGAUGUGGACUUAAAAUCAUUGUUUUAUUUUAUGGCCUUGCUGCCCUGGCUCUUGGCCUUUGUGCCCUCAAAAAAUUUGUAUUAUAGGAGGUCCCCCGGCAGACUAGGCCUAUGUCAGCCUAACUAGGGGCUGGUACAAGGCAAGCCUGAGCAGCCCUAACUAUAAGCUCUAUCAAAAAGGAAAGUCUUAAGUCUAGUCUUAAAUGUGGAGACGGUGUCUGCCUUCCAGACCGCAACAGGAAGAUGAUUCCACAGGAGAGGAGCCUGAUAGCAGAAGGCUCUGGCUCCUGAUCUGCUUUUGGUGACUU